AUGGACAACUACAACAAUUCAUCAUCUUACAAUUAUACCAACAACGGCUUCCCAUCUCCUUACAGUGGAGAUGGUUUCAACCAAAAGCCCGAAGGUGACUUUGUUGGAGGUUGGGUCGGAAUUGCGGCACCGGGAACGAUGAUCGCCAAUCCGUUACAGCGUGCUGCAUACAUGCCUAAUCACGAUUCAGGCGGUUAUGAAAAUGCAAGACAAAGAUUGUUACGACGAAGAACGGUGAAAAAGAUUGCAUUGACUAAUGGAAAUUUGGUCUUAGAUAUUCCUGUUCCACGUAGCAUUUGCAAAGCAGCUCAAGGAGAAGAAUUUAGAACGAUGCGUUAUUCUGCCGCAACUUGUGAUCCAAACGAUUGGACGGCAGAUAGGUUCACUUUGAGACCAUUUUUGAUGAAACGUGAAAUCGAAUUGGCAAUCUGUAUGACUUGCUACAAUGAAGAUGAAGCAUUGUUAUACCGCACACUUGGCUCGGUCAUUCGCAAUAUCGCUUACCUGCAAACCCGAACACGAUCAAAAGUUUGGGGUGCAAAUUCUUGGAAGAAAGUCGUUGUUUUCAUCGUGGGAGAUGGACGAAAGAAGGCCAAUGAAAGAAUGUUGAAAAUGUUGAGUUGUUAUGGUAUUUUCCAAGAAGGAGCAAUGAAAGAUCACGUUUUGGACAAAGAAGUGACUGGUCAUAUCUUUGAACUUACAACACAAGUCAUUGUCGAUCCACAAGGUGGUAUCAAGGUGUCCGAUUGUCCGAUUCAAUUAGUCUUCUGUUUGAAAGAGAAGAACCAAAAGAAGAUCAACAGUCAUCGUUGGUUCUUCAACGCUUUCUGUCAACAAUUGCAGCCAAACGUUACCAUCUUGCUCGAUGUUGGAACUAUGCCGACCGAUCGUUCAUUGUAUCACCUCUGGAAGGCGUUCGAUAAGAACAAAAAAGUCGCUGGUGCAUGUGGUGAAAUCGCAGUAGAUGUCGGUUCGUUAGGAUGGAGAUUGUACAAUCCUUUGGUCGCCGCUCAAAACUUCGAAUACAAGAUGUCCAACAUCUUGGACAAGCCUUUAGAAUCUGUGUUUGGUUUCAUUGGUGUCUUGCCUGGUGCGUUCUCUGCCUACCGUUGGCAAGCGUUGAAGGGCAGACCAUUGGAAGCCUAUUUCAAGGGAGAACAGUUGCACAACGGUCAACUGGAAGGUGGUUCGUUCAUCAACAAUUUGUACUUGGCCGAAGAUCGUAUUUUGUGUUUCGAAUUGGUGGUCAAAUCACGCGAACCUUGGAUCUUAAAGUAUGUCAAAUCAGCCAAAGCAACGACUGAUGUUCCUGAUGGUGUGGCAGAAUUGAUCGCUCAACGUAGAAGAUGGUUGAAUGGUUCUUUGUUCGCAAGCAUGUUUGCUUUGAUCCAUUUCGCACGUAUUUGGACCAGUGGACAAAGUUUCUUGCGUAAAUGUGCUUUACAAUUGCAAGUGAUCUACAACCUUGUUCAAUUGGCUUUUACUUGGACAAGUCUGGCAAAUUGGUACCUUGCAAGUUAUUUCUUAAUGCAAUCUGCCACCUCUGAUCCCAACCAUGAUCCUUUUGCCGGUCAAGGAAAGGCAGUGUUGGAUAUCGUGUUGAAUGUGUAUAUCGCUUUGGUCGUCGUUGUCGUUGUUGCAAGUUUAGGAAGUCGACCUCAAGGAUUCCGAGCGAUGUACCUUGGCUGUAUUAUACUGUUCGCUGGUUUGUUCGCCUUGGUUCUGUAUUGCGUGGGAUGGACUCUGUACGUUCAGUUAAAUCAAGUAGGCCUGUUCGAUUCUUCUGGUUGGACAACUUCGCACAUCAUUCACCUUUUGGUCUCCUCUAGCAAUAUUCGAUCGAUCGUUAUCUCAGUCGUGGCAACCUAUGUGCUUUACGUAUUAUCUUCAUUAUGGAUGUUGGACCCUUGGCACAUGCUGACAAGUUUCGUUCAGUAUAUGUUCUUAACGCCAUUCUUCAUCACAGUAUUGAGCAUCUAUUCUUUGGCCAAUUUACACGAUGUCAGUUGGGGUACAAAAGGAAGUGAUGCGGCAUCCUCCGAUCUCGGAUCAGCAAGCGGAGGAAAAGAUAAAACAAAAGAAGGAAAACAAGUGGUAGAAGUAAAAGUUCCCACAAGUUCAGCAGAUGCCGAUGAAUUAUGGCAACAUGCUCAAGCCGAUUUAGCACAAAAGAUUGUUGAACAAAAACAACAUCGAUCAAAAUCAGUCAAACAAACGGAUAAUCAACAGAAUUUCCGUACCCAAUUCUUACUUUUCUGGUUAGGGUCAAACGCCGCUUUGAUCAUCGUCUUCACUAGCAAUUUCUGGUUACAAUUCACAAAGGAUGAUCUCCACUUAUCUACCAAUCCUUACUUGGCUGUCCUGUUCUGGAGUACGGCAGCACUUGCGGCUGUUAGAGCAUUAGGUUCCCUGAUGUAUCUAGUCUUCCGCAUAUUCGGGCAUUAA